AUGCGUCGAGAACAGCUCCCACUCACUGCUCUGCCAGCAUGGUCAAAGCUCAACGACGUGAGCUUCAUAGAUAUCAGCGUCCAAGAGCUCAAUGAUUCCAAAGGCUCCGGCCUUGUAACUUCUCGAGCUCUUAGCUCAAAAGCGACCUACGAUAUUCCCACAUUACUUGUCGUACCCCACGACCUCAUUCUGUCUGCUGAAGCCAUUGAAGAGUAUGCGAAAGUGGAUCAACAUUUCCGGGAGUUGCUUGAGGUUGCAGGUGGGAAGUCUUUGAGGGGAGAUAUGCUACUUUUUCUUUUGAUGCAGAUUACGAUUGCUUCUCUGUCUCAUCCACAGAAUGUCGGCGUGCAAAAUCCGUGGACGGAGUAUUGCAAGAUUCUUCCUAGUGAUAUUCCUGUUCCUACCAUGUGGAGUGAGGAAGGGCGUUUUAUGUUGGUAGGCACUUCUUUGGAGUCGGCUGUCAAUGCUAAAAUGAGCGCCAUGGGUCGAGAAUUCGACAAGUUGCGCGAACAAACAACUGGACUCCAGUGGUGCUACAAAAGUUGGUGGGAACAUGAGACAUUGCCAAUCACGGAUUGGAUUCUCCUAGAUGCUUGGUAUAGGUCGAGGUCGUUAGAGCUUCCAAAAGCUGGCGAAUCUAUGGUUCCAUGUCUGGACAUGGCGAAUCACUCGUCGGUCCCAAAUGCUUAUUAUGAACAAACCUCGAAUGAUAGCGUGGCCUUACUGCUCAGACCAGAUUUUGAGCUGAGUCUUACAUCUGAGAUUACCAUUAGUUACGGAGAAUCGAAGAGUGAAGCAGAAAUGCUGUUCAGCUACGGCUUCAUCGACGAAAGUAGUACAUCUAAAGCACUGGUCUUACCUCUUGAGCCCUUCCCAGAUGACCCCUUGGGUAAAGCAAAGCUGGCUGCAUUUGCAGGUAAACCUGUAGUGCGGAUAUCAGCCGAUCAGGAUUCUGUUGCGUGGGAAGGCCCGUUCCUCUAUCUCAUGUGCCUCAAUGAGGAGGAUGGUCUCGAUUUCAAGGUCUUGCAGGAGACCGAUGGCUCCCGAAGCCAACUCAGAGUAUUUUGGCAAGAGUCUGAUGUAACGGACAUCACAGACACUUUCGAGUGCCUCAUUGGUGAUCAUUCACUCAAGGAUGUAUUCAAGCUUCGAGCUGUGGCAUUACUGCAUGAUCGAAUCCGCCAACAGCUUGGACUUUUGUAUGCGAGCGAAGAGACUGUGCAAUCUUUAGCGGAUUUAGAACAUAUUUCCCCGGACUUUUUAAAGAACGCCAUAAAACUCCGAACAAGUGAGACAGAGCUACUACAAAGAGCCUUUGCUUUUGUCGAUAUGCAGAAAACGCAGCUUCUGGAGAGUGAUACGGUAGUUCGAUAUCUCGGAUCGAUGAAUGAGGAGCCAACAGAGGUAGCAGAGACCAAUGAUGAUGAUGAUUUCAGUUGA